UUCGCCGUCCUUCUCCUCAUCGCCGGUGCCCAGGCCCUAGCCCCCAGCCACCACCUCACCGCCCGCGACCUGGCCCGGCUGAGGGCGGUACUGGAGCGGCCCUUCACCGAUGUGCAGGCCGCCUUCUAUUCCAUCGUGGGGCUCAGCAACCUGGGUGUGCGGGUGGCGGACGAAAAGGCUGCAUGCAACUUCAUAAAAUCUCACGUGGACUCCAGCAGUGUUGAUUCCCUCUUCUAUGCUGCACAGUCCAUCCGAGUGCUGUCUGGCUGCGAGGUUACCAUUUCAAAUGAGACCAGGGAGCUGCUGCUUGCAGCUGUCAGUGAGGAUUCCUCAGUCACCCAGAUCUUCCACGCUGUUGGGGCCCUGAGUGCCUUUGGCCUUCCUUUAGCAUCCCAGGAAGCACUUAGUGCUCUUACUGCUCGUCUUAGCAAAGAAGAAAAUGUGCUGGCAACCAUCCAGGCUUUGGAGACAGCAUCUUACUUGUCCCAGCAGGCAGACCUAAGUGGCAUUGUUGAGGAAAUAGAGGAUCUUGUUGCUCGCCUGGAUGAUUUGGGUGGAGUUUAUCUGCAGUUUGAAGAAGGAAUUGAGACUACUGCACUGUUUGCUGCUGCUGCCUAUAAGCUGUCGGACCAUGUGGGUACAGAACCAGCAAUGAAGGAGGAUCAAAUUAUCCAGUUGAUGAAUGCGAUUUUUAGCAAGAAGAACUUUGAGACCCUCUCAGAGGCCUUCAGCAUUGCUUGUGCUGCAGGUUCUUUAUCCCGGAACCGCUACCACUUGCCUGUCAUUAUUGUCCCUGAAGGGCCUGCAGCUGUGUCUCACCAUCAGCCUGUACUCAGGCUACAAGUGACUGAUGUUAUGUCCCAGCCACUGACUCAAGCUUCUGUAAAACUGGACUACGCCAAGUCUGCAUCCAGCAAAGCCACUGUCCUUCAACAGACGGCAUUUGCUCUGUCAGGAGAUGUCUUUGAGCUGAACUUCAUGAAUGUGAAACCUGCAAGUGGAUAUUAUGAUUUCUCUAUCAGUGUUGAUGGAGAUAAGCGAUUUAUUGCUAACAAAAUCGAACUGAAAGUGAAAGUUUCCACAGAAGUUGGGAUAACUAAUGUAGAUCUUUCUACAGUGGAUAAAGAUCAGAGCAUUGCACCAAAAACAACCAGGGUGGCCUAUCCAGCCAAAGCCAAGGGCUCGUUCACUGCUGACAGCCAUCAGAAUUUUGCUUUAUCCUUCCAGCUGAUAGACGUGAACAGUGGAGCUGAACUCAUCCCUCACCAGACUUUUGUCCGACUUCACAACCAAAAGACUGGCCAGGAGGUAGUGUUUGUUGCAGAACCAGAUAGCAAGAAUGUAUACAAGUUUGAACUGGAUACCUCUGAAAGAAAGACUGAAUUUGACUCAGCCUCUGGUACCUACACUCUUUACUUGAUAAUCGGAGAUGCCACUCUGGAAAAUCCAAUCCUGUGGAAUGUGGCUGAUGUUGUGAUCAAAUUCCCAGAAGAGGAUGCUCCAUCCACAGUCCAGUCCAAGAACCUCUUUGUUCCCAAACCUGAAAUUCAGCACCUCUUCAGAGAACCCGAGAAGAGGCCUCCCACUGUGGUAUCUAACACUUUCACAGCAUUGAUUCUCUCCCCCCUCCUCUUGCUGCUCAUUCUGUGGAUAAAGAUAGGUGCCAACAUCUCCAACUUCAGCUUUGCUCCCAGCACCAUUGUUUUUCACACGGGACAUGCUGCAAUGUUGGGACUCAUGUAUGUCUACUGGACUCAGCUCAACAUGUUCCAGACUCUCAAGUACUUGGCCAUUUUGGGUGGCGUCACAUUCCUGGCAGGCAACAGGAUGCUGGCUCAAAAAGCAGUAAAACGGACUCACUAGUAACAGAAGAAUGGAAGAAAUGGAGAAAAACAAAGCAAAUGUCUUCAGAACAGGAGUGAAUAACUGAAAGACCAGAAGAAAGUCAGAAGCAGAUUUUUUUUAUAUUAAGUCAAAAGGGUGCCAGUUAUACUUUUUUAAAAAUAUGAUUUUCAUUGUUAUGUUCAUGCUACUUGAAUGUUUUUCAUAUGAAUCUGGAAAAUCUUUUUUUUCCCUGGAUCCUCCCCCCGUUUUUCUCCCAGGACAUUUGAAUUUCCUUUAGAAAAGAGAGGAAAAAGACAAUACAGUUCUGCCUUUCCCCAGGUGCCCUCUCCUCAUCCUAAAUGAUUUGUGAAUAAAGAGGA